AUCGCCGAUGAUGUUUUCUUCUUCGAUCACACUGGAAACGAGAUGAUACAUCGUCUGAGUCAAGCAUGCUACAUCACGUUUCUCACUGCUGAUCAGGUUGAAAAUAUUCAUAACCCUACCACCGCAAUGGAGAUCCAGGAACUGAUGCGUGAGCAUCAGAAUGACCCAGCGAAGCUGACCCGACUAAGCCAUGACGAAGCUUCCGAUUUCGUGACCCAUCAUUGCCACGACAGAGCACUUUACAUUGUCGCACAAUAGGCUAUAAUCUUCGGAAAAGUAUUAAAUUGUGGAUGAGAGGUGGGAGGGAGUUUCCAUCCCUAAACAGCCGAGGACAGGCAAAUCUAUAUUUAGGAUGGGAAUGUCCCUUUCCUCGGAAGAGAUUGAUCUGCAUUAAUAUAGAAAUUAUUUUGUAAACGACGUGUUGUAAUUAAAGAUUUUCGAAAUCUUAUCAAGAUUCUUAUCGUGUGUGUGAUUUACUUUGUGGCUGACUGCUAUAGGUCCUACCUGCUUUUUUUCUGAGAGCUCUCGUGACUGAUGGCGAGUAUUGUGGAAUGCGCAUGCGCUUGUGACGUAUUUGUUUACAAAUGGCCGCUUAGGUUUCCGGACCUUAGAUACAUCACUAGUGUUCUCGGCUGAUGAUGUAAAACUAUAGGACUGAUAUGGCCGAUAAUGCCAGAUCAUCAGACAAAGGAACUUCGCCACAAUCUGAGGAUGCAUACGAAUCUGGUCCAAAUGUCACUCAUUCUUCCAUCCCUUUUACUGUUGUCCAGUUCAGAUCUCCACACAAUGACUCUUCAGAGCACAGAGAUCCAAUUCCUCAGCUGCCAUCCAGAAAUUUUCAGUUUUCCUUGUGGCAUGACCUCAAAGAGUGUGACGUUCAUGGGAGUCAGCUAAAGGCUCCUCGCAUCAGGAGAGGGCCAGCAGAAAAAGAUAAGGCAUUUUACCUGAUGACAGAUGAGAAGAACUCCAGAAUCCAUCAUGACAUCCAUGGUCGCCACAAAGACACCCACAGAGAUAAUCUUGAGAGCUGGGAAGUUGCUCAGCAGCUGGCCAGCUUUCCUUCACAGGACCUGCAUCAUGGAUAUCAGAAAUCAAAUCUCAGUCGGAUUCUUGGCCGCCUGAAACAAGUGACAUAUCUCAAUUUGCGUGACAAUGCACUCGUUGACCUCAGCUCGUUUACAUUUCCCUGCUGUGAAUAUUUGAACCUCAACAACAAUUUUUUAACAUCAUUCAAGAAGCUUCCAAAAAUCAGUCGUGUGAAAUAUUUGACUAUGUUGGACAAUGACAUCACUAACUUUAAUGGUCUGUCUGAUCUUCGCUCAACUCCUUUAGAAGAACUCUUUUUACUGGGCAACCCAGUUGCCUUUCAGAUUGGUUACCGCCAAAGGGUAUUUGCAAUAUUACCUGGCCUCAAGUUCUUAGAUGGAGUGGCAAAACAAGAUGAAGACUCAAAACCACCUCCACCUGAUGAAAAGCCAUCUAGCUGUGUUGUUUCUUGAAUUAUAAUGUUCAUGGAAAAAAGGCUAAGGCAGGCGAAGCAAACUAUACAAAACUGAUUUUAAGUACUCACUGCUGCAACAAGGAGUCAUCCUGGGUUAAAGGACUUUGAUGCAACUUACAAGAGACCAAUAAAGAUUGUUUUUAAAACUUACCUGGGAAAUGAAGGAUAAGCAGGGUGUGCUGUAAGUGACAAGGUGGGCAUUUUACUUUUUUAAAAUGGAAUUUACAAGAGGGUGUUUGCAAUAUUGCCAAUAUAAACAUUCAGAAGAAUGCUAAAUAAAAAAUAUUUUUUGGACUCGUUAAAGCAGCUGUUUUGAUAGAAAUAUAUCCUCUAGCUUUUGUAAUCUUUUGUGCUAAGACACUAGAGAAAAUAAUCUGUGAAGAAAUCAACUGCUGAACUGUCUCUAUAUGCAUUCAUCAAAUUCUAAUGCAACCAAUGACAUGACUAGUUGGACAAGAGUGCUGAAAGUGCAUAUAUUUGUGUACUGUGUUUUUGAAAUACACAUUUUUCUACAUGUGUCUUAUAAGGUUUAAUAGCAUGCUAAGCAUUCUGGUAAUAUUCAAAUAAUUGGUUUGUAGUGAUUUGAUUUGAAGGCCUGUAUUUUUCUUAUCACAUUAUGAAUGCUGUUGUCCAGUUAAAUCAUCACUACAGCAGUGUGCUAAGCACCAUUAUUAUAUAUGAAAUAGUAUCCAAGAGCUUAGGAAAAAAUCUUUAAUUGGUGGCAUGAUUAUUUUCUGUAAUAUUUCUGCUGCCUUGAUUGAGUCAUGCAUCAGUGACAUCCAGCAGCCAUGUCAAUAUAUAUAUAUUUGUAAGAAUUGGGUAGGCUGCUGAUGCAUGCAUUACAUACGUUGAAAUAAGUGCACAAUCUGUCCAGUAUUUGUAGCUUUAUGACUAUUGUGAGAAACAAGAAAAAGCAGUUGUGUUUACUCAACUCCAAAGGUGGGUUUGAGACUCAUGCCUGUGACUGAAAAGUUCUUUGUCCACCCAGUCAUCAGUGAAUAUAUUUUAAUUUUAUUCAUUUCAUUUUAUCAAGAAAUGGUGGUAGUGAAAAGAUGAGUUCUGCCUUCCACACUCUGAACCAUAGGCACAGGGAUCCACUACUACAGUUCUGUCCAUGGACACAGUAAUCCACUACCACAGUUCUCUGCCGUUAGGAACAGUAAUCCACGACGACAGUUCUCUGCCCUUAGGCACAGUAAUCGACUACUACAGUUUUCUGCCACGAUAAUCAUUAUGCAAUGGGACUUUUGAAUUAAUCAUUUUUGUGAAAGAAAAUUGUUAAGGUAGAUCAUCACCCGUAAUUUACCUGCUGGUCAGGAUUGCAAGGUGUUAUUUUCACCUAUCAUGCAUACUUUUACUUUAUUUUUUUGUUAUUGUGGUGACAUAGAUGCAUCUUAAGUAUUUCUAAUUAAAAAGUGCAUGGUAUAGUGAUUGUC